AUGCCCAAUGGGAGUCUUGACAAGGCCUUGUUUGAGGCAAGAACGCCUCUGCCUUGGCCUCACAGGAGAAAGAUUUUAUUUGGGGUUGCCUCUGCUCUGGCCUAUUUGCAUCAAGAGUGUGAAAACCAGGUGAUCCACAGAGACAUUAAGACCAGCAACAUAAUGCUGGAUGAAGGGUUCAAUGCCAAGCUGGGAGAUUUUGGAUUGGCGAGGCAAAUCGAGCACGAUAAGUCGCCAGACGCCACGGUGGCGGCCGGAACAAUGGGGUACCUGGCGCCGGAUUACUUGCUGACCGGCAGGGCGACUGAGAAAACCGAUGUGUUCAGCUUUGGGGCGGUGGUGCUUGAGGUGGGCAGUGGAAGAAGGCCAAUUGAGAGAGAAGUAAGUGGGGUGGGGAAGGUGGGUGUGUGUAGUAAUUUGGUGGAGUGGGUGUGGAGUUUGCACAAAGAAGGAAGGCUGUUAAUGGCGGCUGAUCCAAGGCUUGAGGGCCAAUUUGAUGAGGGAGAGAUGAGGAAGGUGCUUCUGGUUGGGCUGGCUUGCUCUCACCCAGACCCUUCUGCAAGACCCACCAUGAGAGGUGUGGUUCAAAUGCUGGUGGGGGAAGCUGAAGUCCCAAUUGUCCCCAGAACAAAACCCUCCACCACUUUCAGCACCGCACAUCUCCUGUUGAGCUUGCAGGACAGUGUUUCUGACUGCAAUGGCAUGAUCACCCUCUCCACCUCCUCUUCAGAACUGAGCUUUCAUGGCGGCGGUGAUCACAUCGUCUGA